AUGUACAGGCAAGUGAAAGUUCAUCAAGACGAUGUAGAUUUUCAACGCAUUCUAUGGCGUGAAAACUCGGGGGAGAAGAUUAAGCACUUGAGACUGCUCCGAGUCACCUUUGGUACGGCCUCAGCACCUCAUCUUGCAGUGCGUGCUCUUCAGCAAGUAGCCUACGAUGAAGGAGCACAGUAUCCAAACGCUGCUGAUAGGGUCCUCAAGCAUUUCUAUGUAGAUGAUUUGUUAACAGGCUGUGAAUCUGUGGAAGAAGGUAAAUUAGUAUACCAAGAGAUGAAUGAACUUUUGAAAAAAGGUGGAUUCGAAUUACAAAAAUGGAGCAGUAACAAUGAAGAAUUAAUAAGUUACAUGAAAGAAACUGAUGUCAAAGAGGAAGGAAGUCUCCAGCUGAAGAUAGAUGCUGUCAUGAAAAUUCUGGGACUCGUCUGGAAUCGCCGAAAUGACGAAUUUGAGUAUUCGGUACAACUUCCUCCACUCACAGUUCCUGUAACAAAGAGAAGUGUCAUAUCUGACAUAUCAAGGCUGUUCGAUCCACUCGGUUGGUUGGCUCCAGUGAUCAUAGUAGCCAAAAUUUUCAUCCAGAAGUUGUGGCUUUCGGGAAUCGAAUGGGAUGAUGAAGUACCACCACAAUUACUGAAGGAUUGGCUAAACUACAGAGAAAGUCUAAACCAACUUACCGAAUUCAAGCUGCCCAGAUGGAACCACGCUAGUUCCAAUGUAACUGCGGAACUUCAGGGAUUCUGCGACGCUUCUAAUGAAGCGUUUGCUGCUGUUGUGUACUUAAGGACUAUAGAUGAAGAAGGAAAUGUGCACGUGUCACUGAUCACUUCUAAAACGAAAGUGGCACCAAUUAAGCAAAUUUCUAUUCCACGUCUGGAAUUGUGUGGGGCUGUGCUACUCACUAAAUUGCUGGUUGAAGUAGCCGACGUUAUGAGUAUCAGCAAAGCGAACAUUCAUGCUUGGACUGACUCCACAGUAGUCAUCUCUUGGCUAAAUAGUCGUCCAAAUCGAUGGAAAACUUUCGUCGCUAACCGCGUAUCUGAAAUAAUAACGUCAGUAGAGCCGCACCAAUGGUCCCAUGUCUCGUCGAAAGAUAAUCCUGCAGACUGUGCGUCUAGAGGUACACGACACCUGAGCAAUGAAGAGCUCUGGAUAGAAGGUCCGUCGUGGCUGAAAAAUAAGGAGAUUAGCUAUAAAAAACCAAACAUAAAGGAUACAAACUUAGAAGAAAAAAGCACUAAAGCAUGCUUCGUGAAUACUUACGAUAAUGAUGAUGUCACAGCAGAUGCCGAAGAAACACUUAUUUCAAGGUUUUCUAAAUUGUGGAAACUGCUACGCGUUCUGGCUUUCUGUAAACGAUUUUUGAAAUGUGUUAGAAAAGAAAAGCACGUCGUGGUCAUUGCGCUGAUUUGUGGAGCGACAAUGGAACGAACUUCGUGGGAGCUGCUCGUGAGCUGA